AUGCCGCUGCGGGUUCGACACUCACUUAGCAGUUCUCUCGAAGAGCUACUUCCUGAUCGUCUACAACAUGAGGAUCCCCCACAUCCCGUUGACAUUGCGAAUCAAAUCGAGCGGGUAGUCAUAUGGAACCUGAAAAGAACACUUAUGGCCAAUGUCCGCGGGGAGCACCAACUUUAUGGUGCUGACAAUACAUAUCUACAUUCCUGCUUCCCUCCUCGUCGCAACUUCUCUGUCAUCCCCCAGGCUAUAUUGCGAAGAGUGGGAUAUGUGCCUAAGAACACAAAUCCCCUGAAGAUUUCUGUGGGGUCCACAGGAGCCGAGUUUUUGGGCCGCCGUAGCGCAGUCAAAGUUAUCCCGACCGACAGCGACGAGCCACGCCAGCAGUAUGUCUGCGCCGUCGUAGAGAUCAAGCUGAGCAAGGUGGACAUCGUGACACAGGAAGUAGAACCACAAGCGGAAGAAUACGACAACGAGGGCGAAGCUAGUUUCGAAAGUUGGUACGGAAUUGACCAGGCUGGCGAGGGCAAGGGCGAGGACCAGGGCGAAGGGGAGGGCCAGUGUGAGGACCAGAGCAAGGAUGAUGGGGACGGGGAGGGCGAGGACAACGGUAUGCAGCUUCAAGACAUGGAAGGGGAUCAAAAUGCUGGUGACGUAGUUGAUGAUGCGGUAUCUGUCCUUCUGGAGAACAUGGAGGCCCUGGAGGGCAAAGCACAGAUGUCGCUCUACAUGAAGAUGAUCUUGAAACAUAACUACAGGGACCCCGACCUGCGCGGCUUCCUGCUCGAUGGAAAUUAUUUCCAGCGCUUCAAGAUCAACGGUGACCAAGUCGUGGUCGAUGACCCCAUCGAUAUCUUCGCGCCCGGCGAUCCACUCACUAUGGACCUGUGCAACAUUGCCUCUCGUCACUGGAACCGCGACGAGGUGGGUGGCCCUCCUUCGCCGAUGGACGUCGACUUCCUCGAAGCCCUGGGCCUGCCAGUGCCGGGCCACUAG